AUGCCAAAGAAUCGUGUCGAAAUUCAAAAGGUGUACCGAGAAAGACAAAACAUGAAGAAAGGGGAGGAAUAUCUGGAGAAAGAGGGAAUUAGACGAAAAACUCUGAUAAAAAAGAGAGUAGAACAAAAUCCCUGCGUACGAAAACAUCGCGAAAAGAAGAAAAGACAAGCUGCCGAGAGCAAGAAAAGUGAAAAAGAAUCACUCCAAACGGAACGACAGAACAGCACUGCAUCUUCAGGUCCACUAAUAAUUAAGCUAGAUUUCAGCAAUAAGAGAAAAGGUAGCCCAACAAAAGCACUCGAAAGAGUGAGCAAAGCACUGGCAAAAGCUUACCGACCAAAUAAAAGUUUGGAGAGCAACAGCAAACUCCAUAAAAACUUUGGAGAUUACAAAAGAAGUUUCAACAAUCAGUUGCAAAAAACCCUAAAUGAUCGACACCGCCCGAAGUGCAAUCUGGCGUUACUCCAAGAAUCCGCACAAGAAAAGAGUAACAAGACUCAGGCCUUUGAACGAGAGAGUUACGAGACUCAGACAGCUGAGGAAGAAAUUAGUCUUUGUCAAUGCCCUGAUAGCUCAAGUAAAAUACAACCAGUGGAAGCGCGUGGAAGUAGCCGACAGAAAGAAGAAAAUGAAGAUCGUGGAAUUUACGAAGUUACGAAGUCUGAGUUUAUCAAGAUCUUCAAGGCAGAGAAGGAAGAAUUCUGA